AUGGACUGGAUCUGCCGGGAGAUCGACCGGCUGUUCGCGGCGGACCAGCCGACAGGCCCCAACCGGCCGUCUGAUCGGCACGAGCCAGAGCUGCUCACGGGCUGCCAGGAGUGUGUGCCUCAUCGGAACAAACCAGGCGGCAGCACGUGCAAGUCGGAGGAGCCCGGCGCCGGCGGACACGCCGCCUCGCGAUCAGGCCGGGUGCUGUGCCCCAUCCUGCGCUCCCACGUGUGCGAGCUCUGCCAGGGCACGGGCGACACGGCCCACACGCGCUCCUACUGCCCCCUGGUGACCGGCGGCCGCGGCCGGCCGCGUCUCAGCGCCACUGUUCAGCUGAAGAGCACGCGCCACAAUGCGGCCGGCCGGCGCCGCUUCUGA